ACACAACUGGCUUUCUAUAGUUCCUCACUGCUACGAAGCAGAAAAUGAAGGCGCUUUGAAAACGAACAGGCAGAGAUGAAACAUAUAUGUCCACAAUCAACACACCGUAUUUGUAAUUCGUGUUGAGUUCGAGCGAGAAGUUCUUUUCAUUUUGGCUGGGACUGAGUUACCGCUUCUGGAUGAGCAUGUCUCUCGCCCAGCGAGUUCUCCUCACCUGGAUCUUCAGCCUCAUCUUUCUCAUCAUGCUGGUCCUCAAGUUGGAUGAUAAAAUCCACUGGAACUGGUUUCUCGUCUUUCUUCCUGUCUGGGCCUUCGACACCAUUCUCCUGCUCAUGCUAAUUGUGAAAAUGGCCGGCCGCUGUAAGCCAGGCUUUGACCCACGCAACGCAGCUGACAACCUGAAGAAGCGAGUUUGGUACCUUGUGGCCAUUUUGUUAAAGCUGGCCUUCAGUUUGCUGCUGUGUGCAAGGCUGGAACAUCUCACUGAGAUCUUUCUGAGUUUUAUUUGUAUCCCUUUGUGGGCACUUCUUAUCGGAGCAAUGGUGGAGCUCGGUUACAACGUCUUCCACUUCUGAAGAGACUGAUCAGGAAGACGUUGAUCGUUGUAAAUAUAAUGUGUACUAUAUAACAAAAAUUAUUUAUAAGUGUCCAUGUGGAUUAGAACAACAGCUAUUCCUAAAGACUGAACUAGUUGGACACAUUAAUGACUGAUGAUGAUUUAUGUUGUGGGUAUCAGGUAGCAGGUCCUACAUGCCUACAUUGUUUUUUUUAAUCUGUCUUUUUGGAUUCCAUAAUUUCCUCUUUAUCCCAAAUCCAUUUGAUCAUCCAAGACCUAUUUGAUGUCUCUUUAGAUUUGCACCGGAUCUUUUCCACGCUAAUAAGGAGGGGAACUUUGUAGCUAUUAGUUGCACAUGUCAUAAUUAAAAUAUUCACCUCAAGUGUCAAUAUCUUCAACACCUUCUAUGCACAAAAUAGCACAUGUACAAGUUAAGCUGAAAUUGUAGUACCAGAUGAAAGACAACCAUUUAAAAUUUGGCAUUCCCAGAUUGCUUAACUGGAUGCAAUAAACUUGCUUUGUCAGCGUAAGCAUAUAUGGAGCUACAUGUCUUGGGUGAAUGAGUAUAUUUGGGGUAAAAGGAAAAAGUGUAUAUUUUCUUUCUGGCUGUUGCUUCAAAGGAUGUCUAGCAUUUUCUUCUUAUAGACGUCUCAUUGAAUUUUUGGUAUUGUAUUUUCAUUUUUUAAAUAAUUGUGCAAUCAUCACAUCCACUGUAAAAUAGAGUUCAGCCGAUGCUUUCCAUGAACAGUAGACAAUGCUUGUCUCUCAGCAGAAGCAUAUUACUUGUUAAUGAUUUAUGUUCAUGUGCAAUAAACUAACGUUAUUUAUUGCAGGAGUGUUAACGUUAAAGAACGAGAAACCUCAGUUCAAAUAAAAUCAAAUUGGCAAGGUAGUACCGGUAUUAAUUGAUGUUUUUGUAAAUGAUACAUACUCAUGUUAACAAAAGUUAAUUCAAAUCCAUUUCCGUUAUUUCUUUAAAUGUUUCUAUCACUGUGUGAUAUACACUGAUCAGGCAAAACAUUAUGACCACCUGCCUAAUAUUGUGUUGGUCCCCCUUUUGCUGCCAAAACAGCCCUAAUCCAUUGAGGCAUGGACUCCACUAGAUCCCUGAAGGUGUGCUGUGGUAUCUGGCACCAAUACAUUAGCAGCAGAUCCUUUAAGUCCAGAUUGAAAGAUUCAAUGUCUUUUUAUCUUGCUGGUUAUCUUUAUCUAUGAUGGUGUUUUUAUGCUGUGUGUAGACCAUGAAUUAUUUGUUCUCAAAGCCAGAAUUGAAACAUUUAAAACUGUCCAGACUUCUUGUUAUUUUUAGUCCAUGUGUCAUUUUAUUAUUUAAUGACCCAGCUGUCUAAUUGGUAGGAACUGGUGGAAGCAAAAUUUUCCCCCACUGUUUCUCAUUAGAUUAUCAUUUCUUCAUUCCAGACACCAAGUGUGGAAACUUGUCUCCGACAGAGACCUCUGGCUAAUUUAAUAGUGUAAUAUGAGCUUUGCACAUGUCUCGGAGAGGGAUAGUUGAUGCUCAUUUUGUGUGUGAUGUUACAUAGCAUUUAACUGGAAAGAAUUUUGUUUACACAGACCUCUCAUCCAGCGAAGACAUACUAAGUCUCCUGCUUUGGUUGAUUGUGUUCUGGCAUUAAGCAAGUAGCUCUAAUAUCAAUUGGGAAUGUUUCACUCCCUUUCUGUAAAUAAAAUGAAAUUAACCUUUCUCAUAGGGAAUAUUUGGUUUCUGUGAUCUGCUGAAAUCAAGUUUAUCAAUUUUUCUAUAAAUAUCUAGGACUAGAGAGACAAGCGAGUUAGCUAAUUUUUCAUUGUUAAAGGCUUUUAGCCUCAUUUAAGACAUGGGUGGAGACUUGAUCCUCUCCAGACUUUGGCUUUGCUGUAGUGCUAACAUUAACAUUCCAUGCAGGGCAGUUUAGUUAAUUGUCAUUUAGGCCAAAUGAGUAAAUGCUUUUGUCUUCAGUUCUGUUUCAGGUGUCCAGUCUUUGGAUAUUGUGAGGAUUUUUUGUAACCGUGAAGUUACAUUGUUGCUCUAAAUUUUAAUUUGGUUUUACUCUGUAUACCACUUCAUUUCAAACAGUGCAAAAUUUAACAAUUACUGUAUCAGUAUUACUAUUGAGAGUUUUCUGCAAUACCUUGAAUAUACACAUUCACUCUCCAUACAAACAUUCUCAUUUAUACUGUUAUCCAAUCAGUUCAUCACAUGGCAGCAACACAAUGCAUACAAUCAUGCAUUUAAUAGUCAAGACUUUCAGUUAAUCUUCAUAUCAAGCAUCAGAAUGAAGAAGAAGUGACUCCCCGUGACUUUAACCGUUGCAUGGAUGUUAGUACCAGAUGGGCUGGUUUGAGUAUUUCAGGGUCUCUUUGGGUUUUCAUACACAACAGAAAAGUUUAAAGAUGUGUGAAAAACAUUGAGUGGCAUCCUUAACUUCACUUUGUUUAACAGGAGAAAUUGAGUAAUUAACUGGUUUAACUCCAUCGGUUUUCACAGUCACCAGGUCUUAUACACUAUAUUGCCACAAGUUUUGGGACACCCCUCCAAAUCAUUGAAUUCAGGGGUUGGUCUUGGCCUCUUAGUUCCAGUGAAAGGAACUCUUAAUGUUUCAGCAUACCAAGACAUUUUGGACAAUUUCAUGCUCCCAACUUUGUGGGAACAGUUGGGGGAUGACCCCUUCCUGUUCCAACAUGACUGCACACCAGUGCACAAAGCAAGGUCCAUAAAGACAUGGAUGAGUGAGUUUGGUGUGGAGGAAAUUGAUUGUCCUGCACAAAGUCCUGACCUCAACCUGGUAGAACAUCUUUGGGAUGAAUUAGAGCAGAGACUGCGAGCCAGGUCAAAACUGGGACAUCUGCCUUUACAUGCACAUGAAUGUAAUAUGUAGUUGUCACCACCCUUUGCAGCUUAAAAGCUUCAACUCUUCUGGGAAGGCUUUCCACAAGGUUUAGGAGUGUAUUUAUGGGCAUCUUUGACCAUUCCAUUAGAAGUGCAUUUGUGAGGUCAGGCGUUGAUGCUGGACGAGAAGGUCUGGCUCGCAGUCUCCGUGCAAAUUCAUCUCAAAGGUGUUCUAUCAGGUUGAGAUCAGGACUCUGUGAAGUUCCUCUACACCAAACAUGUUCAUCCUUGUCUUUAUGGAACUUGCCUUGUUAAUUGGUGUGCAUGUUGAAACAGGAAGGGGUCAUCCCCAAACUUUUCUCACAAAGUUGGGAGCAUGAAAUUGUCCAAACUGUUUUGGUAUGCUGAAGCAUUAAGAGUUCCUUUCACUGGAACUAAGGGGCCGAGCCCA